AGGAAAGAGUAAGUGAAACAAGCAUUGGUUUGAGGAGAGAUUACGUAUCCAACCCUAACACACCUAUGUGUGGCAUUAAUAUUGGAAUUAUUAGCCUUUGGGGCACAACCGUUAGUAAGACCUAUAUACUGUAUAUUUCUCUGUUUGGUUGCGUUUAAACCGGGAAAAUCGAUAUACGAUGAAACUGGUGUGGACGAUUAAAGAGACAUGCACGUACAGUAUGCGCAUGCAGUGAAUGAGUUCUGAUGAAAGAGGGAAAACCCCUAAAAUAUUCCCACCAGAACUAUGAGGUCACGGAACAUGCCUUCUAAAUGGUUGAAAAUAAUCGCGCCAUCUGUGGACAAGAUUAAAAAGCAUCUCUGUCUCUAUGCGUAGACAGAUCAACUUGUGAUUUCAACUGUGUAAGAUUCAUGAAACAUAAGUCGCAAUGUGGUGCGGCGUAUUGAGAAGAAAUCGCUCGACUGACAAUCUUGACGAAGAGAGCAGGCCUAAAGAGAAACAACUGAAAGGAAACAAAAAGCGGAAACGAUCUCAAACAAUUCGUGAAGAAGAACUGGUGGCACAAUCAGAAGUGGCGAAAUGUCAACUAGAAGCUGAAAACGAACGACUUCGCAAAGACUGGCAAGUUCAGAACAACAUGGUUUACAACGCAUUAAGCCGGUUAACUGAGGUGGAGAAUGAAAACCAGUCGCUGAGAAGGCUGCAGCGAGAGUUACAAGAAAGUAGCAAAGUGGCAACUAAGUUGUUAGAUGAAUUACAGAUCAAAUACGAAGAGAGUCUGCUGCAGGUUGACACGUUGGCGAAGCAAGUUGAGCAUUUGACAAAUUCCGAGACGAGUCUCCAAAUCAAACUGGCGGCUCAGAUAAAAGCCACUGAGGAUCUGAGAAGAGACAAAUCAGAUUCCGAGGAAACGGUCAAGAUGUUACAGGAAAACGCCAUGGCGGCAUCUUCCAUGAGUAGGGUGAUAAACGCCCAGGAGCGCCACCUGGUGGAGAAAACACAACGCAUUCUCACCUUAGAGAUUGCCCUAAAGACUCUGACUGGUGAGGUGAGCAGUCAACUUACCUCCAUCAAGCUUAUUCCAGAGAUGAUUUCGUCAAACAGCCGAGCGUUGAAGAGUCAAGUGAGCAAGAUGUCGGACAAAAUGUGUGACAGUUUGGAAAAAUCAAACAAAGAGACCCUAAAGAAGCUAGAAGCCUUGAAGAACGCCUGGGAGAAUUUUCGAGAUUUAGAAACAGGCCUGGAGAUUUUUGAAGGCAAAAACGACCUGGGAAACAGGGGUAUUCCCAAAUGGCUGGCGGAGUACAGUAGUCGGUUAAGCUGCACAUUGGGACCAAAUUGGUUGGAUGCCGGUCGAGCUCUGGGUUUGGAUGGGGACCAGUUGGAGAGGCUGUGUGUGGACUGGGGUCAGUAUGGUCUAAAGGAACUAUCCCUUCGGAUGAUUGAAUGUUGGUGUGCUCACAUCCCGGAUUCUGAACUCACUGCAGAACGCCUGCAGUCCGCCAUGACACAGCUGGAAAUCAACCCUCUCUUAGUUGAACCUAUGAGCGAACACCACCACCGAGUCUUGACCCUACAUUAUCAGCUCCUGGUUGAAGACAUGAUGGAUGUGACCCACAUCGAGGGUUAUCUUCGUCAGGGUGGAAUCCUCUCAGCUUCCGCCUUAGACUAUGUGCUCUACCCCAGGCCACGUUACGGUCGAAUCCAAAGGUUGCUGAAGGUGCUUCAGUUCUGCGGUAGCCGGGCCCUGCCAGUGUUCAGAGACGCUCUGAUGAAAUCUGGACAACACCAUCUGGCCAUGGCACUGACUGGUGAGGAUGGUUUGGAGGAUGGUGGUGAGGCUAACACAAGGGACAAAACUCUGAAUGCUCUCAUCGACUACAAGGAAGCCAAACAAGCUAAAACCAAAAUGAGACAAGACAAUAUGGCAGAGAUACAAACGUUCAUCCUGCGAGUGGCGGCGGAGACCAAGAAAGAGGUCCUUUUGGUUAGGGAACACAUGGAAACCGGCCUGUUCUGGAACAACGUAUCGCAACGAAAGGAUAAAGUAUCCAGACUGCCUCCAGUCAGAGAAAGGUGUUCAAAUACCAUGUAACUACGUGUACCAGUAUGGUGGAAGCACGCCGAUCUAUGAAUCAAGACGUUAAAAUGAUAUAGAGGAAAACUUUUUUAACCUUUGUACCAGCUUUGGGUCAGCUCGAGGUGUUGCUAGGAUUGUGCUGCUUUAGAUAUUGCUAAGCUUGUGCUGUUUUAGGUAUUACUAGGAUUGCUAGGAUUGUGCUGUUUUGAUAAUCUUGUGCUGUUUUAGAUAUUGCUAAGUUUGUGCUGUUUUAGUGCCUUUGUAGGCGAAAUUUUGAUCACGCUUUUGGUGGUAGGAAGCUUUUAAACACUCGAACACAGAGGGGUAAAUUUCUUGUCGUUUGUAGGCCAUGAAUUUAUCAGAAAAGUUGCAACUCAUGCUAGCUUCCUCUCCGGUUCUCCGUUUGACCUAUCUAAAACUAAGUCAUUAAUAUUUAAUUAGUCACAAGAUAUUCGUAUUGAAGCAGUGCUUAUUCUGAAGUCGUUUGUGGCCUUUUUUGGUGCCAUGUUUUUGUAUGAAAGUGAUUCCUUAAGAUGGUUUGAUAAACCGAAGUAUAAAAGUGCAAUGCUGGUCGCUUCUUGGAGGUGACAUUAAUUUACCACAUAGUGCAUAACGGUUUAACCAUUUAAGCUAUCACACACAUGUGCAUGUAUAUAG